GGCGGGCGGGCGAUGGCAGAGCCGCCUGGGCAGACAAAGGGGCGGCGAGCGGGGGCGCCGGGAGAUCUCUGUGUCUUUGGUUUGGGGAACUGUCAGCCAGAAGUCUCUGACAGCACCUCUGCUGUUCCUUUUCAAGGGGGAGGUGAAAAUGAAGCUCAAUGAAAGGAGCUUGGCCUUCUAUGCCACCUGCGAUUCCCCCACGGACAAGGCCGGCUUCCUCUACAAGAAAGGCGAGCGCAACACGGCCUACCACAGACGCUGGUUCGUGCUGAAGGGAAACAUGCUCUUUUACUUCGAGGAACGAGAGAGCCGAGAGCCGGUGGGGGUCAUCAUCUUGGAAGGCUCGACGGUGGAGCUGUGUGACUCCACCGAGGAGUUUGCCUUUGCCAUCCGCUUCGGCUCUGCCAAGUCCCGCACCUACAUUCUGGCAGCUGAGAACCAGGCAGCCAUGGAAUCGUGGGUCAAGUCUCUGUCGAGGGCCAGCUUUGGCUACAUGCGGCUGGUGGUGAAGGAACUGGAGAAGCAACUGGAAGAGAUGCAGCGGAAUCUCUCUGGCUCCCACCGGCUCCAGAGGAGAUUGCCCCUUUGCCGGAAAAAUAAAUCCGCUCCGAAUUUGGAGCCAACCGCCUCAGGCCGAGACUUCCCUCAGGAAGCGCCAACCCUCCCGAUUUGCGUCCCACCGAAAGAAAAUGGCUGUGCUUUAUGGUAUAAUUCUGAAGGCCCCUGCAGUCUGCCCAGUGGAUACCCCCCGGUUGAUCCAGGGAUCAUGAGGAUAUCAGGAGAUGACAGCUACGAGGGGGGCCUCAAGCCGCCACCUUUACCGCCACGGAGAAGAGCCUUGUCGGGGAAUUCCGGUGCAGCUGGAGGCUCUGGGACUGAUGGCCUCGCGUACCCCAGCAGCUCUUGCUUUUCCCAGCUCCACAACUGGUACGGCAGGGAGGUUCUGGAACUGCGAAGGGCCUGGCUGGAGGGGCAAAGGGCUGGCGGUCUAUGAGUUGGAUCUUUGGUUGGAAAUGAUGAGCUGUGUGGGAGCACGGCCGGGCAGUGACCAACGGUCAUCAGGUGCCGUGACCGUGGGGUGCGGCUGCUGGAAACUUCGCUUCUCCUCAGUCUCAUGCUGGUUUGGCCUGCCUCCUGCCCGAUGCGCAGGGAAAGGAAAGCGCCCUCUACAAACUGGUGCCACUCUCCAUUGCCCGGGGGCCAGCAGCUCUUGACUGUCCCGGAUUGGGACACUUUCUUAAGAGAUGCCACUUUUAGAAAGCCCUCACCGAUAAUCGUUGGCCUCUUCCUAGAUAAAAAUAUGAAGGAGAUGCAAAACAAAUAAUCUAGGCAAGGCCGUUCAGCAACAAGAGGCUCACUCUCCUACGCAGGAUAUGCAUCUUGUUCUUGAACGGAUUUUCCCCUUCUUGGCUUUGCAGCCGAGGCCCGGGCAGGCGCGGGGGUGAGGGCGUGUUCUUUUAAGCGUACAGGACAGGCGGAGGCACAUAUGGAGAAAUGGGAGCAGAAAUGUCGUGGGGCUUGUAUGGAUUUGUUUACAAGACUGUUAUUUCUAAACUUCUUUAAAUGGUUUGUUUCCUCUGCAUGAGGGGAGGGCAGCUGGGGAUUUCUGAAGAGAGGCGCUGGGGCCCCUCGCUCGGGCUGUGUGGCCCCCCUGCUACCUGCUGGGGCGGCUUUGCUCAUUAAUGCCGAAGGACACUGAGAUGGGCUGACGUGGCUUAGUGGUGAAGGAAGGCACUCUGUACAUGCUCUACGAUGGGAAGCUGGUUUGUUAUAAGGCAGCUCUGGCAAAGAUGGAGAGAAUGGGGGGGGGCAAAUGGGUGUGGUUAAAGGGGGAGGGGGGCUUCAGGGACUGAUCAAUCAUGUUUCUCUUCUGACACCACUGAUGGUGUUUUAUUCUACUACACAGAGUAGUCCCAUGUGCCUCCAGCAACUUCCAGGUGGCAAAUCGAACCCUGGCUGUUUUUCUCCUGCUUUAACUACCACAUUUAUUAUAUCAUAUAGGAAAACAGAAACCUAAAUAUUAAGGAGGAAGGCAAUGAAUUCUUGGUGCAUUUGUGGCUGUCAGGGAACAGCAAAACUAUCGGCUGGAGUCAGGUAGCCUGGUUUCUGUAAGCCAGGAGGGGGCAAAAAAGAGCAGGCGCAUGGCAUUCAUCCUGGUAUUUCUCCAGGUAGGCUGUCAUUCCACUGGUGCUGAGACAAGGCAGGUUUCUCUUAGGCUGCAGCAAAGGCAAUGCAUAAAAAUGGCCCGGGGGGGGGGGAUGGAUCAGUGGCUCCGAAGCUCCUGCUUCUGUGGUCUCUGCUGCCACAAACCGGAUUCCUGCUUGUGCUGCCCCCUCUAUAGGUUUACUCUAGGGACAGGGCUUCUGCUGCAGGCCACACUAUAACAUUUCUUUCUGCGUUCAAUGUUGGAAAAUGCAUUUAUGCAAAAAAUGUAACAGAACCUCCACCUUACAAUCUGAGGUUUUCCGGGUGCAUGACUGAGAGCGCUUGAGCUACUUGGAAGUUGCAACAGAGCCGUAAACUGUAAGAUCAAUAACAGUAGAUAAGCUUCCUCAGAACAGCCGCUUGCUACCGAUUCCCUUGCAACUUGCAUCUGCAAAUGAGGGUUUUGGGGGGGGGAGGUCGGGGGGGGGUCAUGUUCUCAGUCCAAGGAGGGCACAGCCUGGGCGUCUGAUCAGAUGUGGACUCUAAAACAGAACUCUGGAAUCUUCUUCAAUCCGUGAAGUACCCUUGGCAGAGAAGUUGUCCUGGAAAGAGUUUCCUGAAGGUACGAGAUUUUGGAGAACCACCCUGCUCUGCUUUUGAAGCUGUUUGCAGCUGUUUAAAAGGAAGUGUGUUGCUGAGGCCAUAUGAUGGGGAAUCACAUCUUCUGUGGUAGGAAGCAGGGUCAGCCAUUAGGCAGUGAGUCAGUGCAACCACAGGAGUCAGCAGAAGGAUGAGGCAUUGUGCCCAAAGGUUUAGACUUUAAAAAAAAUAUCAGGUAAAGAGACAUGACAGACAAUCCAGAGUUGGUUCAGGAUAAGCACGAGAGGUUUCCUGACCGGCUCUCACAAGCCUUUCUUGUGCACAAAGCUCGAGCAAAGACUUCCUGGCUUGGUCUUACUGCAAUUUCUUGUGCUGGCUGGAGGGAAGACCCUCAAGACGAGAGCACUUCUUUCCCAGCCCCCCCCCGGGAUUAUAAACUGCAGUUCAAUCCCCGGAUAUUUGAAUGCACCCUGCACUGCUUGUACGGGGCGUUCAUGCCAGCAGGGCUUCUUCCUCCACUUCUCAUGCACUUCCUCCACUGGUUGCCUCUCUUAGCUUCAAGCUUCCCGGCACCUGUGCUGAUUAGCUCCAUGUGGUGGCCAGCAUUUACACUCAAAGUUAAAACCUGUCCGAAAUGGAUUUCACUUCCCCAAAGAAUGUCAAGAAAUUUUGGGGGGGAGGUAUCGAGAAUUUGUGGCGAGAUAACCCUGGUUUCAGCUCUCGGGAUUUCUCGGCUGGGAGCCAUGACGGCCACAACAGAUUUGGAACUGGUUUAAAUUUCCAGUGUAGAUUUGUCAUCUGGGAGUCGCCAGCUCAGAGAAAUGGGCCCUGCCCAGAGCAGCACAUUCAACCCUGUCAGUAUAAACUGGCAUCUCACUUUACUGCACUGUGGC